GCAACGGUACUGUAAAUCCGCCAGCAUGUUCAAAGCCACGCCCCCUCUUCAAAAAAUGUUGCGGCGUCUGCCGCUAUCCCCCAAGCAAGCCGGAAAAGAAUACUACAAGGGAAACCGCGUUGGUUCCAUGGGCAUCAUCAACCGAUACGGCAACUUCAUACCGGACUGGAAUAAGAUACGGACAUUUGUGUAUCCGGAGCGAGGUACCAACAAUAGCGAUUUGACACCCUUUGUGGCCGCAAGCAUUCCAAAAGUACGAUACAAUGACUCCAAUAACCCGGAAACCUACCCCAAGCGAUUCGGAGGCGAGGAUUAUCUAAGCGCGUGGAAAAUGGCUGGUGGACAUGAUCUUGUGGAGGUUGAGACUGCUGCGGGGGAUUCAAAUGCGAAGACGCGGACAAAUAUGCCUACGCCAUUUGAGGAGAGGCCGGCGACCAAGUCAUGACGCUGAGAAGUGAAGAGAGAUAUAUAAAGCGUGGAGGAUGUAUGGUAUCAGUUACUAGGAUGAGGUGCACGUCGAGCAGGUCCAGCGAGCGGGCACAGCAAGUUGUUCAGCCCGGAAUUCCAGAUGGAGCGUCGUAGGAGAGGGCUGCAUGCGGUGAGCAUGAUUGUACGGAUUCACAUAAAAACGUCAAGACGACGUCCUGUAUACUGUACAUUACCUGGGUAUCA